CGUUCCCUUCUUCAGACUUAGGAUCGAGCGGUAGACAGGCGUCGUAAGCAAGCGAUGCUCCUUUGAAAUAUAUUUAUUUGCGAACUAAAUAUUGUAGCGUGGCAUAAUAACAUAGGUUUCCCUACAAUUGUUCACGAAACUCGGUCUCUGUGCUUGGUAAAAUAAUAGUUUGCAUUUAUUUUUUUAUUUUUUUAAAUAUAUAUUCGUAAUUUCGUUUUAUACAUGCGUUGGAUAUGGUGAUCUGGAUCCCGAAGUGUUUUGGAUGAAGAUUUAAUCUAAUCGUUAAACGCACCGCUUGUCUCAAGCGCGACGUCUCAGCGAGAUUCAGACGGAGCGUCUACAUCGAGGUGGGUGAAUCAAAGCCAUGCUGUCUCUGGACGAGCCCCUAAAUCUGAAGAUUACAUCCGGCCAUGAUAGGACGGUCAGAACAUCCAUCUGUGCACCGCUACAGUUUGCUCGCGCCCGGAUAUCUCACGCAUCACACAAGUCCAGUCCUGAUGCAGCGGAUAAGGACAUGUCAGACUUGUCAUUAUCCACUGUGGUGGAUCUCAGUCUGUCCCCAUCCUCCUCUCCCUCACCCCCCUCUCCCAUAUACAGCCGGUCCAGCUGGAGCCCUGCAACAUCUCUGCUGGCCACAGAAUCUGAAAGCACCUCUUAUAUGGAGGACAGCGCUUCUCCACCUCUAGGUUUUCAGUUCUUCCUGCCAAUUGGUGGAGAGGGUCCCCUACGCCUGCCUUCCUCUAUGCAUAUUGGCCAGCACUCCCCUGAGCCCUCGUGUGAUGAGCAGCUGGCCUGUCGCUGGCUAAAGUGCCAUUUGCUGUUUGACAGCCUGCAGGAGUUGGUGGAUCAUGUGAAUGACACCCAUGUGAAACCAGAGAAGAACACGGGAUACUGCUGCCACUGGGAGGGAUGUGCCCGCAAGGGUAGAGGCUUUAAUGCCAGGUACAAGAUGCUGAUUCAUAUCCGCACUCAUACAAAUGAAAAACCUCACCACUGCCCUACAUGCCAUAAGAGUUUCUCACGCCUGGAGAACCUCAAAAUACACACCCGCUCGCAUACAGGAGAGAAGCCAUAUAUCUGUCCCUACGAAGGCUGCAACAAACGUUACUCGAACUCCAGUGACCGCUUUAAACACACGCGAACGCACUACGUGGACAAGCCCUACUGCUGCAAAAUGGUGGGCUGUCUGAAACGGUACACCGACCCCAGCUCCCUCCGCAAACACAUCAAGGCUCACGGCCACACUGUCGCCCAGGACCGAACCAGAUUGCCCAGGGUGGAAGGGCUGUUGAGAGGGAGUAGGUUGGAUGCGGAAAGCGUAGCUCCAGUUUAUGGCCGAGGGAUAGAUGUACCUUACUCAGGGGGGGGACAUUUUGUCCUUCCUGGGGCGGCGACGUCCUUACUUGGGGCUCAUGCCCUGCACACCCUUGACAGGCCCCUUGGAGGUAACCCCCUGGAUCUUUCCAUGCUCAGUCCUUUAUUAGGAGCAAGGCCUGUGCUUUACCCCAGCUCUGGUGCACUAGUGCUCGAGAAGGUGCCGAUCCUUUACCCCUUGCUGCUACCGCUCCUGGGGCUUGGUGCAGGGCGGAGGGAAAAAGGGGUGGAGGAAGAGGAGGAUGUUGAUGAUGAUGAUGAUGAUGAUGAGGGCAGGGUGGGAGCUGGGUUGAGUAGCCACUCAUGGGUUGUGAUCCCUCCAGGCAUGUUGUUUUUGAAACAGGUGGUGAGCACAUGAAGACUCUUAGAUCUUAUUAACACUGCACACAAAUUUUAUGUUUAGGAUUGACUGUCUAUGUUCUCAUUUCGCAAGGGUGUAAUUGCAUCCGUUUGAUCAGACAGUGUUGUCAAUAGGCAAUAUGUCUACUUUGGUUGCCGCAGAGAUGACUUAAGCAUCAGCACUAUGCCAAGAUACUUUCUUUUAGCGAUGGAAUUUUUUUGUCCAGAUCGAUUAAGUCAUUGAAAAAUUAAAUAGACAACGCAAUUCACAUAAAAUAGUUAAAAAAAAUACGAGGUGAAAAAUUUCACCUCGUAUUGCUCGUGCGAGUAACGCGAACCCGGGAGUAUUCCCCCUUCUCCUUCGGAAAAGGACAGGAGGAGGGGCUUCUACGACUUCUACAACCAAUAGCUGGAAUCAAGUAGGCGCGCAUAUUUUCAGAACUUACCAGGUAGUCCAACAUCCUCGCUCACUUUCCUCUGUACAUGUAUGACAUUGUGUCAUACAAUUCCGGGUGCCCACACACCGCUACAACCCCGCUACUACAUCGGUACGUCAGUGACAUCUGGACAAUCUCAAUGCUGAUAGGCUUUUGCAACAAUUCAUCAUGCGAAUGUCGCAAUGUUCAAUCGCGUGUUCGAGUCGCGGCAUUCGCUUCAUUGAAUUUGCAUCUAUUCGCAUCUUUGCAUUGACUUUGUAUGUAAUCGCGCCCCGCGAAAUGCUCUCUUCGCGUUGUAUGUGAACGCACCAUAACUGUUAGGAGACAGUAAAAAAAAAAAGGUUACACUAUAUAUUAGGUGUCUUUAAAUACUAUGUACUCACAUUAAAUACAUACAAUACAUUGUAUUUAAUGUGUAACUACAUGUUGUUCUGCAAAAUUCUAGGGUCGAGGUAAUCUUGAGGUACGAGUAGGUCUAGGAGGAGUGGUAGGGUUAGGGAUAAGUUUAACAGUGUAACUACAAAUGUAAUUAAAUGCAGGACUUUAAAUGUAAAUACAAUUCAACAAUUCAAGUACAUUGUAUCAAAUGCUUAAGUACAUAGUAGUUAAAGACACCUAAUAAAUAGUCAGACCAAAACAAAUAGGUUUCAUUAAAAUACAUUUUUCUGACAGAUAUUUUAUGAUAAUUUUAUGAAAAGGCAUAUUUUGUAAAAUGGAAUAACCAUUUUAGAAAACAUCCUGAUAUUCACCAAAAAUUCACAAUGAAAAAAAAAAUAAAAAAAUACCAUGGAAAUAUGUUUGAAAACUUAAAAAAGAAAUAAUGAUUAAGUUGGGUACAUUCAAGUGUAUUCAAGGUGUGAGGAAAGUAUUUUAAUACCUUUUACUUGAUGUUUACACCACUUGACAUUUUAAAAUGAGUAAGGUUUUGUAGAACAUGCUUUAAAUGUUUUUCAUAAUGAAACCAAUAUGACAAUUAGACAACAUAGGCACUAUACUGCAUCAUACACAUUCAUGCUCUAGUCCGAAACGCUCACCCAACACAGCUGUAGACAGUAAAGUGCAUUGUGAAUGAUGUUACAAACAUGUCUAGAUAAAUCUUGUUUGAGAUUCAAUUCACACCUACAAACGUGGUUUUAAUUGGGUUUGUAAACCUAAGCAGAUUUGAAUCAAAUAUGCCAAAAUAUUAGAUUUUUGCUGCCUGUGUGACCAAAGCUAUAGUCAAACACAUACACACAUUUGAACACAUAUUCGGAUAUUACAAGGGAUUGUUAAUGUUAGUUAUUGAGGUGCUGCCUUUUACAGGAAUGUUGUCAUGUGAGAGGGUAUAAAGGAGGAGUUUUUAAAUACGCAAUACUAUGUCCUGCACUUAAUCAUUUUUAUAAUUCAAAUAUUUAUUUUAGUAGUUUCGACAGUAACAUUCCAACAUUAAUGCGUCUUCUGUUCACAAUUGUGGAUGUCAAAACGUGCAUAGUGUGACGCAUGAUGAGAAAUGCUUAUUUGAUCCAUCUUUCUGAGUUUUACAUUUGAGAGAAACACCUUGAUUUACUAAACUAAAUCUGUAAGAGGCUAACUGACAGUUGCUUUGUCUAUAUAUUCCAUAAGCUGACUCAGACAACUGACGCACUUUGGCCAAACAAAGUGUACAGGAUACGCUAUGAAAAGCAAAUGGAAAGGCAAACGUCCUUUUACAAUUUCAAAGAGUAGCACACAUCUUUAGCUCUACAGUACAUUAAUAGCACCUGUUGCGAGCUAGCAAACAGGAAGAGAUCAAUUUGUACAAAUAUGAGCAAACUGGUUCUUGAAUUUACAGCAGGGGAGACCAGGGGCAAUUGUAACCCACAAAAUUUCCUCAAUCACAAAUAUGUGAUCACACUUAUUCAGCAUAUGCUAAGUUCUCCAUCUGCCUGAAAAAAGGAGUGUGACCGUCUUACUAGCUGAGAAAUGUCCAAGAUAAUAUUGUCAGCUGAUAUAAAUAGUUUAGCAAGAAUGAUUUAACUUUAGAUAAUUAUAAUGUAGGUCCCACAUACAGUAUUCCUGAGAGCUUAAAAAAAAUAGUGCCAUAUACAGCAGAACAUUAUUCAGAAAUGAUUUUCGAAGGCAAGGAUAUUAUUACACUUGCUCUUAGUUGAGAUACAGUGGAUUAAUAAAAUGUAUUUUUCAAGUGUUAUAAUUGACCACAACAAAUACUUAAUUUGAUAUUAUGAUAUAGUCUUUUAAGUAUAUCAACAGUUUUUUUGGUCAAAAUAAAAGUUGAUUUGUAGUAAUCUGUGAUUUAAAAAUGAAAAUGUGAAAAAUAUUACAAUUGCCCAUGGUCUCCCCUCUGUUUGUAUGGCAAAACAACUAAGGUGGAUUUCGCUGGUCAGAUGAAAAGAUUGCCCACCCUAAAAUUCAAAAUGCCCCCCAAAGAUGGCAUCCUUGUACCGGUCCUAGUACUUAGUACAACAUACUCUUAUAGCUCAAAAAAUCUAAAAAUGUGAUUUCUCACAAUAUGACUUCUUUAAAAGAUGUGCACCUUAAUCCUAAUUGUUCUAAAGAAUAGUAAUCUAUUUAAUUCUAAUCUAUAUAGUAAUUUCUUUUCUUUCUUUUUUCUUUUUUGAAGACGAGACAUUGACUGUGUCAAAACCUUUGCGUAUAUGAUGACGAGUCAACUUGGACUCCACUAUUUGUUAUCCAUUAUAUAAACCCUUUAUGCAUGGCUGAUUUUUUUCUCAUUUAAGAUUUAAUGAAUACAUGAAGAUUUACAGACAACUUCUCUGAUAAGAGUGGCACAUUUGAUAUCUGCCAUGCACAAUGGAUAAAUGCAAAGACUACGGCCUAAAGCUAUUGGCCUAAUAUAUUUGCACAGUUGGAUAUUUUAUCAAGCAUAUUUUAACCAGUACCAAGUGCCUUCUAUUGUAAGGUUGUUAUUGAUGAAAUACAAUGUAUGAAAUACAUUUUGGAUGUACUGUAUAUUGUCAGUUUAUGUAUGUAUAUUUUAUCAGUUCAACAGAUUCAACCUGUUACAGUGUUAAUGUUACAAUUUUUUACAAGUUGUAUUGAUGUCGAGGCUAAUGUUUCAUAAUGUUGAGCUAAUGCUAAUAAGUGUCUUACCAUAGCUAAGGACGUCUGGCAAAGUGACUGGAAGAAUGUCCAAUAAAGAGCGCAAUGUCA